CGCAAAAGCCUAAUGUCAGUAAUGACAUUUCGCCUAUCAUCAUAAUUCUUUCUUUGUCUUGAAAAUCGCAAUUUUCAUCACAUUCACCCACCAUUCGAUGAAUCAGACUUCAUCGCUUUGAUUCCGGAAAGGUCUCAAACGAAUCCCGAACCAAAUGGCUCGCAUCCACCUGAAGGCAUCCCCUCAAAUAGAAGCUGACCGACGUCUGUUGCAGUUCAGCUCAUAUGAAGACUAUCUGGACUCGUUGGGCACUAAUCAAGAUCAGUGCUAUCUGGAGAGCAUCGAAGUGUCCAGACAGAUAGCGGAACUAGGGUACCGAAGUUCAGGGGAGACCCUCAGCAGGGAACAAUUCGAGAAGAGGUUGGCAGCUGUGUAUCUGUACAUCUAUCCGCCUUACAAGCCCUACGAGUUAUCCAGUGAAGGGAUGAUCACGGGGGAUGGGUUGCACCAAGAUCUAGCUUUGAGAGAGAGGUCCAACAGAGUCGGUAUACUUUCUACUAUAAUAUUCUUGAAGUAUUAUACGAAAGCCGGGUUCGAGAUAUCAGGAUACAUUGAUUAUGGAGAGAAAUUGGUCAGCGAGGACUGGAAACCAUUUUUCAGAGGUAAGAAAAAAAUCCUGCCGAAAAUCACAGACCUUGGCUACUACCACUGGAGGUCUGGGAAAGUGGUAUCCAAUGAUUCUCUGAACUACAAGGUCCAGCAGGACACCUCGAAAGGACUCAUCUUCCAGAACAGAUUCGACAGGAAAAUCAUCAACCCAGCCCCAGGAUCGGAGCCAGGAGCGAAUACAACUAGAAAAAGGGUAUAUACUAACAUGUACGAAUUGGUCAUCCUGUUCGAUCACGUUGUAAGGCAGAGAAUCUAAGAAUAUAAAAUAUUUUAUUUUUU